AAAUAUUCGACGCCCCUGGCUAAGCCUGAACCGCAGUCCCCCACAAACUAGGACGGGUGCUUUACAUCAUGAUCUGCAAAGGCAUCUUUCACCCCGCAAAUGUUCUCGGCUGAUGAAUGCUCCCACCGCGAAUCAUCACGCAGAGCCAGCUGCCGGCCGAAUCGGCACUCGCACCCCCCCGCCCUGUACUGGACUGUUUGCAGUCCAGGUUGUAACCGGUCCAAUAGUACGUAUCUAUGGCCAAAACACAAUGAAGAACUCGGAGAUGAACACCGACAUGGUAGGUGAACUUCAAAGAGGCAUGAGUCGUUCUGCUCUUGGCCCUAAUGCCGCUUGAUCGGCACCUGUCGGUUCUCCGGAUGAAUGCUGGGUGGAGUCAAGGCUCAGCAGCGUAUAAGUAUCGACCAAUAUCCCUUCAUUGAGGGCUGGAGAAGGCCUGAGUCGAUCAGUUUCAAAAGAGCCUACAUAUAAUGCCCAACAUGCAUCGAAUCUCUUUGCUCGCUCUGGUGCCCUCGGCCACUCUGGCCCACGCGGCCGUAUUGCGGAAUCGACUAGAUGACACCAAUGUCGGACUGACUCCAUCAAUGGGCUGGAGUAGCUGGAAUGUCGCCCAAUGCGAUGCUGCGUCUGAAGAAUACGCCAUGACCACCGCCAACAAGCUGUCAGAGUUAGGACUCAAAGACCUCGGAUACGAGUACGUCAACAUCGACGACUGUUGGACAACAAAGCAGAGAGACGGAAACGGCAACCUCGUUCCAGAUCCCAACAAAUGGCCAAGAGGCAUCCGCCCUGUGGUGGACGACAUUCACGCCAUGGGUCUGAAGUUUGGCCUGUACGGGUGUGCAGGCACUCUCACCUGCGCCAGCUACCCCGGCUCUGAGGAUCACGAGUACCAGGAUGCCCAACUGCUGGCCGACUGGGACGUAGACUUCUGGAAGCACGACAACUGCUUCACUGAGUGCCCCGUCACGCCUCCGCCCCAAACAUGUUGGGGCUACCCAGUCAACACAGAACCGUGGUAUGCCAAGAUGGCCGACGCAAUCCAGAGCGUCAAGGCACAAAAAGAGAUCUUGUUCAACCUCUGCCAGUGGGGAAGAAACGAAGUCUGGACCUGGGGCGACAAGUACGGACACUCGUGGCGCAUUGAGAAUGAUAACUGGGGCGACUGGGCAUCCGUGGUGAGGAUUGGCUCCAAGGCGGGCGAGAUCGCCCAGUAUUCCGGCCCUGGAGGAUUCAAUGAUCUGGACAUGUUGUUUAUCGGCAACAAUAAGCUUACACACAACCAAGAGCGCCUUCACUUUGGUCUCUGGGCCAUCGCCAAGUCCCCCCUGAUCAUUGGAGCGGACCUUACUACGAUUCCGACAUCCUCCUUGGAUAUUCUCCGCAACAAGGACCUUGUCGCUAUCAACCAAGACCCCCUCGGUGCCGCUGCAACGCCAUUCAGACCAUCCAACAGCCCCGAGCCUGCUUCAGGAGAGAUCUAUCCUUACUGGGCCGGUCCCCUCAGCAACGGCGCGGUGGUGGCAUUUUCCGGAGCCAAUGGGGCUGGUGACUUUUCUGUGAACUUUUCUGAGGUACCCGGUCUCGAAGGCGGCGAGCACUGCUGGAAGGAGGCAUACUCUGGACAAGAGGGCCGUGGUGACUCGCUUAGCUUUAGCGUCGAGCAGGACGAUAUUGCCGUCUUCACGGUUACUGAUUGCGCAUAGUUGAGGCAGGUCAUACACAGUGUCAACAUUCUGCUGUCUUCUAUAUUUCGGAGCGCUUUCACAUAGAAACCGAUCAUGCCAAUACUCUCCUUGGAUAACAGGGGGUAGUAUGGAUAGGUUUCAGUUUGGCGAGAACCCGUUAC